AUGGGAGGAUUUCAGGGCAGCCCAGGGGCCCCUGAGCACCUCUGCUCCUCCCUUCAAGGCAAAGAAGGGCUGUGCAUUGAGGGUUCUAUGCUGACAAGGCUCCUCUGGUGUUUCCUUGAUGGGAUAAGGAGGCACAGGGAGAUCCCAGCCCAGGGACCCUCCUGUCCUGCAGUGCCUGGUUCCCUCAGCUCAGGGGUCCAGCUCCCCCAGGAGGACUUGGCUCAACCACAGCCCACAGGAGGCACAAGCAGAUCCCUGCAGGGCUCACAAUCCCUCAUGAAGAGCUACAGGACCUUGUCUGACUCAGUCUUGCUGGGGUCUCAUCCCAUGGAGAGGGGUCCCCAGCACUCCAGUGGACUGAAACCCCAGUGGGCCCUGCUCAGGCUACUGGCCCCAGCUUGGAAAGACCAGGUUCUCCCACACUUGCUGUCCCCACAGAAAUCCUUCUGGAUCACCCUGAGACUGUGGGAUGUGUUCAUCUUGAAGGGCGAGUGGGUACUGACGACCAUGGCGCAUGCAUCAUUCAAAAUACACAGGAAGUGCUUCAUGAAGCUUUCCUGGAGCACCGUCUGGGAGUUUCAGGAGCGACUCCAGAACUGGCCCCUAGAGGACAACGAAGUCCUCAGGAUCCUUCAAACCUCCAUGAAGGAAUUCACAAGGAAACACCGGGACCUGCCACCCCCAGCUGGGCUCAAGCAGAGGUCCUCUAGGGUGUCCCCUGGCAUUGGGCCCCUCUGUGAGGGGGACAGACUGGCUGUCCUCACCCCACCAGCUCAGCUCCAGGAGCUCAUGACAUCAGCCCCCUGGGACAAAAGCCUUGUCCUCCCCCAGCCUGGCCUGACGGGGCUGUCCCCAAGGCCCAGGUCAAGGCCCACCAACACCAAGGGGCUUCCCCAGAACCCAGGGCAGCAGGCUGCUCUCUGGGGGAUCCAGAGGUUCAAGAUGAUGGCAGCCUGUCCCCCAGUGAGGUCAGGCUUUGUAUUACACGGAAACACUUGUCCAGGAACUCGACGCCACAGCUCCAUACAGACCUGCAUGUCGGGGGUCCAUGUUUCCUGUGCUGCCAUUUUGAACAUGGCUCUUGGGAUUCUGCUCAGGUGUGAGGCGUUUCCUCAGGGCAGGCGCGUCCUGGUCCCCAUCCCGAGCCGUGGGCUCCGGCAGGAGGACCUGGAGUUUUCAGAUCCCAGGAAGGGUGCAUUUCCCCCACUCUCAGGCACAAGCUGCCCCUUUGGCGGCGUUGGGCCGCGAGAUCCACCGCCCUCCCAGAAGCCGCGACAGCUUGGAGCAAGCGGUAGAGGCUUUCAUAGGCUUUUGGACACCGCCUGCCAUCCCGCCGCCCCUCACGAGUCCAGCUCCCCCAGGACUGGCCCUGCCACCUUGCGGGUGGUAGCUGGCGGCAGGAGCCAGUGGCGGGCGCCGCAGAGUGGGAUGAACAACCAGGAGGCUGCGCUGGAGCCCGCUGGGCAGCGGGACCCCUAA